AUUUAGUGCGCGUGCGAGGUGCCACUUCUUCAUCUUCGCCCCCGCCCUCGCAGAGUCUGUGAACGCCUCGAACCGAAAGUUAGCUAACAUUUGCUUUGAAUGUCACUUUAUAAUUGGCUCCCAUACAUACGGCUCCACGCCUCUCUCUGUGUACAGCGCUCAGAAAUCCGCUAUGGCAACAGGGGGAGAAAAAAGACAGGAAAAAAAAGGAAAAGAUUUGACAACAUGGCGCACUUUCCUUAAGAAAAGUUUCUCCUGGACGCCACACAGCUCAGUCUUUGUGGAUUUUCUCGCAGUUUGUCGACACUCGUGCCACACAAGAGGACUCUUGUGCUAACUUUUGAACACCUUUUGGAUGCGUAAAGUCGAUUUAAAAAGCCAGGAAAGGAGGAGUGUGAAGGGAUGAGAGCGAGAACCCGCCGCACAAACCGAAGCAGUCACACAGGAUGGAGAAGCAAGCGACUCUGAAAGAAAAGUUUUCCAUCUUGAGUUCUCGGACAGCGGGCAGACAUCUCCGCUGUGUUUCUGGAGACGAAGGAGCCAGGUUUGGUCUCAGCAAAGCCGAGUUCAUGGAGAAAGUGCAGCAGAGCAACGAGGCGUGUCAGCGGGGGGACUUCCAGGCGGCCGUUUAUUUGUACACUGAUGCCUUGCGAGCGGACCCACAGAACUGCAUCCUGUACAGUAACCGGUCAGCAGCGCUUCUCAAACUUGGACAACACCAGGCGGCGCUGGACGAUGCUGGAAAAGCCUGCGAGCUCAAUCCCAAGUGGCCCAAGGCAUACUUCCGACAGGGUGUUGCCCUUCAGUACCUUGGCCGCCAUGCCGACGCACUGGCCGCCUUCGCCUCCGGGCUGGCCCAAGACCCCAAGAGCCUGCAGCUGCUGGUGGGCAUGGUAGAAGCCGCCAUGAAGUCGCCGUUACGAGAGUCUCUGGAGCCCACCUAUCAGCAGCUGCAAAAGAUGAAGCUGGACAAAAGUCCCUUUGUGGUGGUGUCUGUGAUUGGCCAGGAGCUGCUGACAGCGAGCCACCACACCGCCUCUGUUGUGGUGCUCGAGGCCGCUUUGAAGAUCGGCACGUGCAGCCUCAAGCUCCGCGGCUCGGUCUUCUCGGCCCUCAGCAGCGCCCACUGGUCCCUGGGCAACACGGAGAAGAGCACCGGCUACAUGCAGCAGGACCUGGAGGUCGCCAAGACCUUAGGUGACCAAACAGGGGAAUGCCGUGCUCAUGGGAAUCUGGGCUCGGCAUUCUUCUCCAAGGGAAACUACCGCGAAGCGCUGACCAACCACCGCAACCAGCUGGUUCUGGCCAUGAAGCUAAAGGACAGAGAGGCUGCUUCCAUGGCGCUGAGCAGCUUGGGCCAUGUGUAUACAGCCAUCGGGGACUACCCGAACGCCCUGGCCAGCCACAAGCAGUGUGUCCUGCUGGCCAAGCAGUCCAAGGAUCAGCUGUCUGAGGCCCGCGAGCUGGGAAACAUGGGCGCCGUCUAUAUUGCCAUGGGAGACUUUGACAACGCCGUGCAAUGCCAUGAGCAGCACUUAGGCAUCGCCAAGGCCCUGGAGAACAAACGAGAGGAAGCCCGGGCGUACAGUAACCUCGGCAGCGCCUACCACUACCACCGUAACUUCGACAAGGCCAUGUCCUACCACACGCACGUUCUGGAGCUGGCCCAGGAGCUGGAGGAGAAGUCCAUCGAGAUGAGAGCCUACGCAGGACUUGGUCACGCUGCUCGCUGCAUGCAGGACCUGGAGAGGGCCAAGCAGUACCACGAACAGCAGUUGUCUAUAGCGGAGGGACUGAAGGACAGGGCUGCAGAGGGAAGGGCCUCCUCCAAUCUGGGCAUCAUCCACCAGAUGAAGGGGGACUAUGAGACGGCACUGAAACUCCACAAAACUCACCUGGCCAUCGCUCAGGAGCUGAACGACUACGCUGCUCAGGGCCGGGCCUAUGGCAACAUGGGUAAUGCCUACAACGCCCUGGGAGCCUUCGACCAGGCGGUCCGCUACCACCGGCAGGAGCUGCAGAUCUCCAUGGAGGUCAACGACCGGGCCUCGCAGGCCUCCACCCACGGCAACCUGGCGGUGGCUUACCAGGCGCUGGGCGCCCACGACCGCGCUCUGCAACACUACCAGAACCACCUCAACAUCGCCCGGGAGCUCCGGGACGUCCAGAGCGAGGCGCGCGCUCUGGGCAACCUCGGCAACUUCCACUGCUCUCGCGGAGAGUUCCCUCAGGCAGUGCCCUACUACGAGCAGUACCUCCGCCUGUCCCCGGACCUCCAGGACAUGGAGAGCGAAGGGAAAGUUUGUCACAAUCUGGGUUAUGCCCACUACUGUCUGGGCAACUACCAGGACGCGGUGAAAUACUACGAGCAGGACUUAGCCCUGGCCAAGGACCUGCACGACAAACUGAGUCAGGCCAAGGCGUACUGUAACCUCGGCUUGGCGUUCAAAGCCCUGGGAGACUUCACCAAGGCGGAGGAGUGUCAGAAAUACCUGCUGUCCCUGGCACAGUCGCUCAACAACGCACAGGCUCGCUUCCGAGCUCUGGGGAACCUCGGAGACAUCUUUGUCUGUAAGAAAGAUGUGACUGGAGCCAUUCAGUUUUACGAGCAGCAACUGGCCUUAGCUCACCAGGUUAAGGAGCGCAGGAUGGAGGCCUGCGCCUACGCCGCCCUCGGGGCCACCUACAGACUUGUGCAGAAGUACGACAAAGCUUUGGGCUACCACACCCAGGAGCUGGAGGUGUACCAGGAGCUGGGCGACGUGUCGGGGGAGUGCAAAGCCCACGGUCACCUGGCAGCCGUCUACAUGGCCCUGGGGAAGUACGCCAUGGCCUUCAAGAGCUACGAGGAGCAGCUGGAGCUGGGCCGGAGGCUGAAGGACCCUGUGGUGGAGGCUCAGGUCUACGGGAAUAUGGGCAUCACCAAAAUGAAUGUAGGCGUGAUGGAGGAAGCCAUUGGCUACCUGGAGCAGCAGCUGGCCACGUUACAGCAGCUGAGUGGGAACGAGGCGGUGAUGGACAGGGGCAGGGCCUACGGGAACCUGGGGGACUGUUACGAGGCUCUGGGAGACUUUGAGGAAGCCAUCAAGUACUACGACCAGUAUCUGUCGGUGGCCCAGAGCCUCAACCGCAUGCAGGACCAGGAGAAGGCCUACAGCGGCUUAGGCAACGGACACAGGGCCAUGGGAAACCUGCAGCAGUCGCUGGUGUGUUUUGAGAAGCGGCUCGUUGUGGCCCAUGAGCUGGGCGAGUGUGGAGGCAAGGCUCAGGCCUACGGUGAACUGGGCGCGCUGCACAGCCAGCUGGGAAAUUACGAGCAGGCCAUCUCGUGUCUGGAGCGCCAGCUGGCCAUCGCCCGUGACACCCGGGACAGACUACUGGAGGGCGACGCCAGCUGCGGCCUGGGCGCCGUGUAUCAGUCUAUGGGAGAGUACGAGACGGCCUUGCGCUGCCACCAAAGUGACCUGGAGAUCGCCGAGGAGGCGGGCAGCCCCACGCGCCAGGCCCGCGCUUACGGGAACUUGGGCCUCACCUACGAGUCGCUCGGAAACUACGAGCGGGCGGUCGUGUUCCAGGAACAGCACCUGAGCGUGGCGGCUCAGACUAAUGACUUGGCUGCCAAGACACUGGCCUACGGCAGCCUGGGGAGGACACACCACGCUCUGCAGAACUACUCGCAGGCUGUCAUGUACCUGCAGGAAGGCGCCUCCGGCGCUUUCGCCGAGCAGCUGGUUCGGCGGGAGGACGAGGCGAAGAUCCGCCAUCGUCUCGGGCUCUCUCUGUGGGCCAGUGGGAACCUGGAGGAGGCCCAACAUCAGCUGUACCGGGCCUCCGCUCUGUUUGAGACCAUCCGCCACGAAGCCCAGCACAGCACGGACUAUAAACUCUCCCUGUUCGACCUGCAAACCUCCUGCUACCAGGCACUCCAACGGGUCCUCGUCAGCCUAGGCCACCACGACGAGGCUCUGGCGGUGGCGGAGCGCGGGCGGACGCGAGCCUUCGCUGACCUCCUGGUGGAGAGGCAGACGGGCCAGCAGGACUCGGACCCCUACACCCCGGUGACGGUGGAGCACAUCCUGGACACGGUCAACAGCCAGAGGGCCCUGGUGCUGUAUUUCUCCAUGGCUGCUGGUUACCUGUACAGCUGGCUGCUGGCUCCAGGAGCAGGCAUCCUGAAGUUUCAUGAGGUGUACCUGGGCGAGGGCGUGUCAGACGGAGGCUCAGACUUCCAGGAGGGGGGGGGCAGCGGCGGCGGCGGGGUGGUCAGCGGCUCCUCGUUGGAGCAGCACAUCGCCAGCGCCCGCGAGGCUCUGGGAGUAGAGUCUUACUACAGCAGAGGGUGUUCGAGCAGCGAGACGGAGAGCGAGGCGGGAGAUUUGUUGGACCAACAAUUUGAGGAGCUCAACAACAAGCUUAACUCCGUCACUGAUCCAACAGGCUUCCUGCGCAUGGUGUCCAGAAACAACCUGUUCAACAGGAGUUGCCAGAGCAUGACCAGCCUGUUCAGUAACACCAUGUCACCUGCCAAAGACGGGAACUCUUCGCUGCCUCGUCGCUCCAGCAACCUCGGAAAGCCUCCGCUGCGGGCCCUUUAUGAUCUGCUCAUUGCGCCUAUGGAGGGGGGCUUGAUGCACUCCAGCGGGCCCGUCGGCAGACACAGACAGCUGGUGAUGGUGCUGGAGGGGGAGCUGUACCUCAUCCCCUUCGCUUUGCUCAAAGGAAGCUCGUCCAACGAAUACCUGUACGAGCGCUUCAGCCUCAUCGCUGUUCCCUCCAUCCAUGGCCUUGGAACCAGCGCAAAGGCUCACUCCCGGCGCCCUGGACCGGCUCCAUGUGGCGGUGUCUCGAUGGCAGCGGUGGUGGGGAACCCUCGCCUGCCCUCGCCCGUGAUGGACCGCUGGCUGUGGGGACCCAUGCCCUCUGCAGAGGAGGAGGCCCUGAUGGUGGCUGAGCUGCUGGGCUGCCAACCGCUGGCCGGCACUGCUGCCACCAAGGAGCGGGUGAUGAGUGCCCUCACACAGGCCGAGUGUGCCCACUUUGCCACCCACAUUUCCUGGAAACUAGCGGCUCUGGUGCUCACCCCAAACCCUGAGAGCGUGCCCGGUGGAGCAGGCGCCAACGUGGGAGUUGGGACCGUGGGGAGAGGUGCAGGGGGGAGAAGAGGCAGCAGUGGCCGAGGCAGGAAGGGCUCCAUUGGAAGCGGCUACACCAUCCCCGAGUCUCUUCACAUGCAGGACGACAGCAGUGACGUGGAGAGCAUAUGUGACAGCCCGCCCCUGCAGGAGUUCCUGCUCACAGCUGCGGAUAUAUUGGACCUGAGGUUGCCCGUCAAGCUGGUGGUGCUGGGGUCGUACCAGGAGUCCAGCAGCAAAGUGACAGCAGACGGUGUGGUGGGACUGACCAGGGCCUUCCUGGCUGCCGGGGCUCAGUGCGCUCUCGUGUCCCUGUGGCCUGUCCCCGUCGCGGCCUCCAAAGUGUUUGUCCACGCCUUCUACACCGCGCUGCUCAACGGGACCAAGGCCAGUGCAGCGCUGGCGGACGCCAUGAAGACCGUCCAGAGCAGCAAGCAGUACUCGCACCCCUCCAACUGGGCAGGAUACAUGCUGAUUGGUAAUGAUUAACAUUUCAGAAUGAAGUAUUCAGAGACUUUCUCACAAUACAAAAUGUCACAACCCAAGAUGCGCAGAUAUGCUGACGACGCUGCACUUCGCUGGUACUUGCAGGUGGAGAAGUCCCUUCAGAGGAUACAGAACGGCCAGCGUAACUCCAUGUAUACGUCCCAGCAAAGUGUGGAGAACAAGGUGGGGGGUGUCCCUGGCUGGCAGGCGCUGCUGACCGCUGUGGGCUUCCGUCUGGACUCGGUGGGCAGCGGUAUGCCCGCUGCGGUCUUCUUUCCCACCGCUGAUCCCGGGGACAGGCUCCAGCAGUGCAGCACCACUUUACAAUCCCUGCUGGGUCUGCCGCCGCCCGCUCUCCAGGCUUUGUGCAAACUCAUCACAGCUUCAGAGGCAGGGGAGCAGCUCAUCAAUCGGGCUGUUAAAAAUAUGGUGGCAAUGCUCCACCAGGUGCUAGUCCAACUCCAGACGGGAGAGAAAGAACAGGAUUUCUCCCUCCUGCCCAUUCAGGUGUCCAUCAGCGUGCAGCUCUGGAGACUGCCAGGGUGCCACGAGUUCCUGGCUGCUCUCGGAUUUGACUUAUGCGAGGUCGGCCAGGAGGAAGUGGUGCUGAAGACCGGCAAGCUAGCCAACCGCCGCACCCUGCACUUUGCACUCCAGUCUCUGCUGGCGCUGUUUGACUCCACCGAGCUUCCCAAGCGUCUGAGCCUGGACAGCUCCUCUUCCCUCGAGUCUCUAGCCUCGGCCCAGUCCGUGUCCAACCCCCUGCCCACGGGGUACUCCAGCCUGCCCUUCUCCCCCCCGUGCCUGGACAGUCAGGCCUCGGACGCCAUCUCCGUCUACAGCCUCAGCUCCGUGGCCUCCUCCAUGAGCUGCGUUUCCAAGUCCGAGUGCGAUUUCCUCGGCCAUCGGCAACGAGGCGGCGCCACGGCGCACUACUCCGUCCACAAACACCCGCACGUUCCUCGGAGCCGCUCGUCGCCUCACGGGGCGGCUGCUGCUGCUGCGGCGGUGGCGGCGGCCGCGACAGGGGCCCGCGGGGAGGACGAGGAAUACGAGGGAUUUUCCAUCAUCAGCAGCGAACCGCUGGGAAGCCACUGCGACUCUUUGCCGCUGCCGCCGGGCCACAGCCAGCGGCACCACCGCGGCGGCAGGGGAGUCGUGGGUGGGUCCAGCUCAGGAGCAGGGAGAGGCUACACCGUAUCGGUAUCGUCCAGGGGCAGCGUCAGCACCCCCACGUCCCCUGUUAAAACAUGCCUGGUGCCCAGCCCGAACUCCCCGUUCCAGAAGGUAAAGGGUAAGGUGAGCAGCUCGGAUACGGGCGAGUCGGACCAGUCCAGUACCGAGACGGACAGCACUGUCAAGUCUCAGGAAGAAAAAACUGUCCCUCUGGAUCCUCAGGAGCUGGCCCAGAAGAUCCUGGAGGAGACCCAGAGCCAUCUGCGGGCCGUGGGGAGCCUCCAGCGGGCCGGGCCCGAGGGAGCGACAGCCGGAGGAACCUCGGCGCGGAGCAGCGCUUUCCGCUCCUCCGAAACCAGCGCGUUCAGCCGCCCCAACAGCAGCGCCGGCGGCCGAGCUCAGUCGUCCCCGAGGCCCAAACCGCCCUCCCGUUCCUCGUCGCUGCAGAAGAUAAGCUCCGGCUACAACAGCCCCGCGAUCUCCGAGUCUUCCCAAAAGGAGGGCAGCCAUCCUUCGCCCACUCUGGACAGCCACGCGCAGUUCCGAUUAAAGUACCCGAGCUCCCCGUACAGCGGCCACAUCUCCCGCUCCCCGAGUAACGUGUCUCCCAGUUCGGGUCACCAGUCCCCGGCCGGCAGCGCUCCGUCCCCGGCGCUGUCGUACUCCUCCACGGGCUCCGCCUGCUCCACGUCGGCCGACCAGGUCCCAGACCUGGACCGGCUAAGACGAGGCGUCAUCGACGAGAAAGUCCAAGCGAUCCACAAUCUGAAGACCUUUUGGGCCAACGCCGCGGCCCAGCAACAGCAACACCUGGGUCCCGUCAGAGCCGUCCACGGCGGUCCCGGGUCCCUCGCCUCGGCCGGCAGGGACGUGCUGAGCCUCCUGAACCUCUCUCCGCGCCGCUGCUCGCCCAACGAUACCCAAGACAGCCUGGAGCUGCGGGAGCUGGGGCUGCAGUCACUAGACAGGGGGGGCAAGAACUCCUCCAACGGACACCACUGCUCCAACGCCAGAAAAGUGGCCCCGUCGCCGACCAUUUCCACACGCAGCAGCCCCGGCGCUCGUUCUAUCCGACUACCUGCCGGAAACGGAUACAAGUUCCUGUCGCCUGGAAGGUUUUUCCCUUCCUCUAAAUGCUGAGACAUUUAAAAAAAAAUAAAAAUUAAAAAACGGUUCAAUACUUUAAUCUAACGGUUACUUUUCCUGUGUGCUGGAGGAGUAGGGGCACUUUUUUGGGGACCAGUCUCGGUCCGAGCCGAGCUUGACUGAAAGGAUUUGAUUGGUCAGUGAGUGUGAUGCUGCAGAGGCACAUGGAUGCUUAAGAGCGUGUCUUUGUCUUUGUGCCCAUAACACUGUAAAUGGGGAAUGAGAAAUACUCUACGACCUGAUACUGUGUUUGUGUGUAACUGUGUGUCAGGUAGAUGUAAAUGCCAUUUGGUAUUUCACCCCCCCCCACCCCCUCCCUCCCUCCCACCAGCCCACCCUCUUCUCUAAAAUCUUCGCUGUUUGUGUUGGGCCAAGACGCAUCAGCUAUGACUGAUUUCCUCCAUUCUAUUUUGUUUUGAAAUUUAAUGGUUAUUGUUAUUAUUGUUUGUUAUUGUUAUUAAUAUUAUAAUAAUAAUUAUUAUUAUGUUUUGUAAAUUAAUUGCAGUGUUUCACAAUCAGUAUUAAGCGUUUUUAUAUUAUUAAAAAGUGAACAAACCGUGUAAAGAUGGAUAGAGUGGGGGGGGGGAAAGAUUUAAUAUUUUUUAUUGAAAUCAAAAGGGCAUUUUGCCUGAUUUCUUUGUGAAUUGAGUGUCUGCUCCGACGCAUGGAUUCUCUUGCUAUUCAAUGUUAAGUACCAUGUAUGACCUUUUUAGCCCAUGAUUUUUUGAGAUUAAACAUGAAAGUUCCAUGACAACCAUCUGUCAUUUAUCAGUAAACUGUUUCAAUAAAAAAAAACAUCAUGUUUG